AUGAUGUUUCGUACUGUUCCCAUCACUAGAGCUGUUGACCUUGCAUCUAGGCCAGAGGUUAUCUUAUCCAUGACUACAAUCGAAGGGUUGGCAAUGAGUUCAACUACGAUGGUUAGCCUCUUGCACUUCUCUGUUGAGAGACCAUUUACACUUGGCAGCCCACCAAUUGCUUACCUCAAUGUUAGAGGAGAGCAGUGGAGAGAAGCCAAAACCGUCUCAGCUCUCGUUCUUCUUCUUCCUCCAACCUUCGUUCCUGACGGUCGGCGACAGAGAGAGGAGAUCAGCGAGGAGAGAAGCCAGAACCCAUAUCUGAACUUCCGAAAAACCCAUCUCAGGCAAGCAUUCUUCUCGUUCUUCUUCUUCCUCCAAACGGAGUUUCUGGAAUUUCCGCGACAGAGAGAGGAGAUCAGCGAGGAGAACCCGCCAGAACCCAUAUCUGAACUUCCGAAAAACCCAUCUCAGGCAAGAAGUGAUCUCGUUCUUCAUCUUCCUCCAACCUCCGUUCCCGACGGUCGGCGACAGAGAGAGGAGAUCAGCGAGGAGAGAAGCCAGAACCCACUUCCCUCCUUCCGAAAAACCCAUCUCAGGUCUUCAUUGCUAUCUACUUUGCCUUCGGCUUCGUUUUGGCCAGGUUCUUCCUGGAUAACUUCAUCUUUCGUAUGACUUCUUCUAUGCCCCCACUCAUGAUAGCAACUUGUGAAAUUUG